AUGCAGCUGGACGAGCACCUCGAGCCGCGGCCUCCUCUGCCUGCCGAAGCUACACAGCUGGAGCUGCUUCAUGCGCAGAUGGCCUCGCUUCAGGCCCGUGUUCGCAAAAUGGAGGAGGAGGCGGCGGCGCCGUCGGCAAGUGGCAUAUUCAGCCUCAAGGAGAACUCGGUUCUCAGCACGGCGGCCGAGGAUGCGAGCGCAAAGGAGGGCGACCUGCUCGAGGAGGCGGACGUCUCCAGCGUCUUCAACAUGUACGGCUGGUGUCUCGAUACCGCCUUCGGAGACGUGCAGGAGUGGGGUGGCGUCAACCUUCUCUCGGCGAGCGGCAAGAUCCUGCUGCUUGCGGCGCUCGCCUUCAUCCAGCUUACCUUUGCCUUUGGCGUGUACGACGUCUCGAUGCUGUUCAAGCUGCGCGACGACACGAACGCCUUCAAGCCCUUCGUCGACAACUCGCUCUUCUACGCCGACGCGGCCACGGACGGGCGCGUGCCGAUCAUCAACAUCUACUGCUCCGCCUUCUCGCUCCUCCUCCUCUCCCUGCUCGUACGGCAAGAGACGCAAGGCACCAUCCUCUCGAUGUGCCCCCUCGAGCCCAUCCUGCUUCCCCCGCCGCCCGCGCAGCGGUACAAGCCGACCGCCCCGCUGACCGCCGCCGGCAUGGCGGCCGCCGUCGCGUUUAUCCUCGAGCUGGACGAGUUGCUGUACGAGCAGAUCGUGCCGCUCCAGUCGCGCGCUGCCUACGAGGAGCGGCAGAGCAACUCGCCCCGCGCCUCGUCCCCCAUCGCGUCGCGGCGCGGCCGCACGCUGGAGCCUUCUAGGCGCGGCCGCACGCUGGUUGGCUUCUACUCGAACGCGGUCCUCGCCCUCGAUUUUGCGAUCGGCCUCUGCUGCUACCUCGCGUCUGCCGGGGACGGCGGCAAGGAGAGCCGGCUCGUGCCGGGGCUCUACCCAAGCAGCGAGCCCGACUACCCGCUGGAGUACACCUACCUCAAGCGCGUCCUCCUGUACGGCAUGGCUGUGCUCGGCUUUGCGUGCGCCGCCGCGCUGCUGCAGUCGUGGGGGGAGCAGUCCCUCGGGGGGGGUCUGGUCGAGUUCGUGCCUGCCAUCGGACAGUGCGUCGACCAGGCCUUUGACCCGUCCAGUGCGGACCCGAACGCGCCGCUCUGCGGCGCCCUCUCGCCGUCGUGCGGCGCGGAGCUGUACCCGCGCGGCAACGCCUCCAGCUACGCGGACUUUGAGGAGGUUCGCAGCACCCUGAGGGAGGCGGCGAACCAGCUGAGCAACAAACUUUCGCACGCUCAGCACCUGGACGAGGUCACAUGGACCACCAAGAACUGGCACGGGCUGCAGAUGCAGCGCUUGUCUGUCGUCCUCCACACCGCCGUGGCGUGGCAGACGGUGAACGAGCUAGCGUGCAGGGAGAGCGGCAUUGUGCAUGAGGACCCGCUCUUCGUCUCCCUGCGCGUCGGCGGUGUCACGCUCGCCACCAUGCACGUGCGCGAGAUCGACUUCUUUCAGCUCGGCGUCACGGAAGUCGUCGACGCGCAGGAGCAGUUUGCGGAGGCCCGGCGCAUGUACUUUCCCAACUUGGGAUCCGCCCUUGGCGCGCUGCUUGCGCGAGCGCUCCCCGUGUUUGGCCAGCCGGAGCACGGCUCAUCCUGGGCCCACGUGUACGUGGUCGGCGAGUUGCCAGAGGAAGAGCUGGGCACGGCGCGGCGCGGCCAGGGCACUCGGGCCGUCUCACCGCUCGCGGCGAUGCGCCAGGUGAGGGUGCUUCGAGAGGAGGACGGAACGGGCCGAUGGCUGCCGGUCCAUCUUCUCCGCCCGUUCGUCCCGCCUGACAUGCCUGCCGACGCCGCGCAGCGCCGCAUAGACGAGGCCCUGCGCGAGGGCCGGCACCACUCGGACGAGCAGCUGCCGCGCGAGCAGCGCCGCAAGCGGCCCCGCCCGUCCGACGUCGUGCGCGCCCCCCGGGGGGGCGGGCCGUUUGUCUGCAAGCGUGGCGACCCCACGAAGCGGCGGAAGGUCAACACCAAGGCGGGCAUGGUCUUCUUUGUCGACCGGCUCGGCGCGAUGCCGCACGCGAUUGAGCGGGUGGAGCGGGAGGGGCCGCCGGGAGCCGACUACAAGGUGCUCUGCAUGCGGCCCAUCCUGGCCGAGACGGAGGAUCAGGACGUGCGCGUGCCCGAGUGGGAGCUCCUCUUCCUGCACGAGCGCUUCCACGCGCACUGGCGCCUCGCUUUUUACUCUUUGAGCCUCCCUUUCCGCCACCUUGAGCGCGCGCUGCUGCGACGCGUGUAG